AUGAAUAAAGAGGACAUUGGAUUCAGUCUAGUUCUCACAGAUUACAUGUAUGUAAUGAAAUGUGAAAAGGGUAAAAAGUUUUCACAUGGAAACCUCAUUCGUUAUGGAACCCUUGAGGUCAGCCCUGCUGCUGGCAUCUUAAAUUAUGGACAGGGGAUCUUUGAGGGGCUAAAGGCAUAUAGAACCGAAGAAGGGUCUAUACUUUUGUUUAGGCCAGAGGAGAAUGCCCUGCGCAUGAAGGCUGGUGCUGACAGAUUGUGUAUGACUUCCCCAUCCGUUGAGCAGUUUAUUAAGGCUGUCAAGGACAUAGUCCUUGCCAACAAACGCUGGGUGCCUCCAGCAGGGAGAGGAACACUGUACCUUAGACCAUUGCUGAUGGGAACAGGUGCUGCCUUAGGCGUGGGACUUUCAACUGAGUACACUUUCCUUAUUUACUGUUCUCCUGUUAGCAACUAUCACAAGGUCUGCUAUCGUUAUGCUUUUUAUCUUCAACAUAACUAAAAAGAAGGAACAAACAUGACAACCUUUUUUU